AUGGCACCUCCGCUGCGCCCGAUUGCAGUCGCUUUCAUAUCACCCCAAAAUCACCCGAUUCUCAUCCGCACAUUUGAAAAAGGGGAUGAGCUGAAGUACCACUAUGUAGCCCAUACAAGUCUCGAUGUCAUUGAGGAACGAAUAAAUGGUCCGACAAAAUCUAAUGAUUGCUACCUCGGCCUUCUCUACACAAUGGAUGACAUAGCUGCUUAUGGGUACAUCACACCUCUAAAAAUGAAGAUUGUUCUCGCUCUCCCACUCACAGACUCUGUCGUACGUGAUGCGGAGGUGAUCAUGACCUUUAAAGCCCUCCACCUAGCCUACUAUCAUGCCUCCUCAAACCCUUUCAUCCGACUUCAUGAUACACCUGCGGGCGUGGGGAGCGCCAAGUGGAAGCGCUUCAGACAGAAAGUGGACGAAAUAAGCAGGGCUGCUAGUGGUGGGAAUUUGCCUUCAUGA